GUGCCCCGCCCGCCUAGCGGCCACGCUCGCUCUCUCGGCGGGGGCGUUCAGGCCUCCCUCAACUCUCGCGAGACGAGGCGUCCCUGGGCCCUCUGGAGACUUGUGUCACGGGGUGCUGAGCUGUUCCCUACGCUAAGACCACCCUGGCCUGCCAUGCUCUCAUCCUGUGCCUAUAAAAACCCCGAGACCCUGGCGGGCAGACACACAAGCAGCUGGACUUUGAGAGGAUCAUAUCGGCAGAGAAUACAGGGGCGGCUGGAUGUCGAAAAGAACGCACCAGUAUAGGAGCACACCGGCAUGCUGGCAGGCCGUUGACCAGCGGAAGAAUGCAGAGUUUGUCCGGGGAGGUCAGAGAGGAGUCAGGCCGCCAUACCUGACUCCAGGAGAAAACCGUCUCCCUUCUGGUUCCCUCGUCUGCCGAGAGCUACUUCCACUCAAUAAAACUUUCCACUCAUUCUUCAAGCCCACGUGCGAUCCAGUUCUUCUGGUGCACCAAGGGUCUCACUCUAUUCCUGGACUGGAGUGCAGUGGCACUAUCACAGCGCACCAUAGCCUCGACCUCCUGGGCUCAGGUGAUCCUCCUGCCUUAGUCUCCCAAGUAGCUGGGACUACAGGUAUGUGCCAUUAUUCCCAGCUAAUUUUUAUUUGUUAUCUUUUUUGUAGAGAUGGCGUUUCACCAUUUUGCCCAGGCUACUUCUCUCUCUCUUUAUUCAUGCGUCCUUUCACUUUUUGAUAUCUAAGCCUUGCACAUCUCUUUUUCUCAGCCAGGGGGAUGGAUCUACACAUAGAGGACUUAAGCUCUAGGUACAGACCUUCCACACACUUGUCUGCCUAUCCCUGGCUUAGAUCUGGGUCCUGGUCACUCACAAAGAGUUCCAAGAUGGCCAUAUUGCAGCUCCAAGGCAAAUGCUGCAAAUCUUUCUCCUGAAUUAGAACUUGAAUAAAGGAGGAGUCAGAGUCCAAAAUCGCACUCCAGCAUUGAGGCUGUGGGCUUACAGUGGUCGGGAGAGUCUGAGUGCUAACUCUUCCUGGCUAAAGAUUGAUUUCUCAGGAACAGAAAAUCUCAUUCAUAUUCAUGUUGUAGGAUCUUUCGACGUGCUAAGGUGCUAAUAUUAUUUCAUUAUUAUAACAUUAUUUCAUUAUUAUAAUUUUGGGAGAUUUUCCUGGUGAAGAACCAGAUGUAUGAGAGAUUAAGUUAUUGGUCUAGAGUCAUAUAGCUUGUGAGAAGAACUGAAGUUUGAACUUAUCAUUGGACUACAAGAACUGUGCAUGCUACAUUUUACCACGUUACUUUUCUAAAACUAAGAGAAAAUAUAAUGAAAAAGUGAGAGAGGUGAGAAAAAAAUGGAGAAACUAAGACGUAGAAAGAAUAAAAAGAAUGAAAUAAAUUUUACUUUGGAUUGGUGAAUAGAAACUGAUCUGGCUAUUUUAAGCAGACAAGGAUUUUCUGUAGUGGAUUAAGUGCUAAUAAGAACAUACAUAUGAUGACACAAAAGUGGAAACAGUCCUUUUUUGAAAAAGUGAAAAUAAGAAAAGUCAAAAAUGUCCUAAGUGUAUAUGGCUAAAUGCUUUUUAAAAUUAGAGUGAUUCUGAAACAUAAUAUGUAAAAAUUCUGUAACAUAUGGGCAACAGGAAACAGGAAAAUGAUUAUGACAGAUAAGAAACAAAAUUUUUUUGACUGUAUGCCAUGCAUGAAAGCUCAACAUUAAGGGAGUUUAUAAAGCCCUUACAAGAGUUUCUGCAUCUAGAGGGAGGUCAUUAAGCACUAGCUGUUAGUAUCACUAUCCUAAUGUUUACCCAGGAGAAACCAUAGACUACAUAUAUCAUGUGGAAAGUGCCAACCCACACAAUUUUUGUUGCAAGCUCCAGGUAGUUGACUAUUUUCAAAGCCCCUUCAAGUCUUCUAUUGUCAAGAUAAGUGACAAGGCACCUGGCUAUGAAGGGCUCCAGAUUCAAUAUUUGGUAAGGUGGCUCCAAACACAUCUGAGACAUAAAGUUGGUGGUGCCAGCCUCAAUAGAUUCUGUUCUUGUUUUUUUCUUUUUUUAAAUUAGAAGUCAUAUACUCCUUAUGUCAAAUUAAACAGCAGAGAUGUAUGAAGAGAAAGUUCAGAAAUGCAGCCAAAUCAAAUUUCCCAUCUAAUUUUGCUAACAAAUGUUAAUGGCUCUAUGUCAGUCAACACAUUUCCAGUCAAUGCAUUUCAAAUUCAGGUAACGUUUGUUCAUUUUGGAAAAAGUUACAAAAUAGAAACUAGGAGUAAAAUAGCAUGCCUUCAAAAGAACUUCAUUUCAGAGAAUUAUUGGUGGAAAUAUAAAGACAGUAAGCUUAAUUCCUUUAUAGAUAUAUGAACAAAAGGGCUUAGAACAAACAAAUUACCUUUAUGGUAUUUUGUUAGUUAACUAUAAAAAUACAUUUUUGUUGGUAUUAUUCUGGAAAAAAAGAAUGUUUAUUAAACAAGACUGUGAGCUCCUUAACGAUUGGUAUUAUCAUAAAACCUAGCAAAGAACCAGCCUCACCAUGUGAUGGGUAUUUUCUGACUAUUUGUUAAAAUUUUAAAAAAGAACAUUUAAACUCCAUUAAAUGCCAGGCUUUUUGUUUCUAUAAUGUCAUUGGAGUGCUCAUUUUACUUAUUAUGAAUACUACUUUCUUCCAUUAUAAUCAUUAAAAUCAGAUAAAACAUUUA